AUGACGGCGCUUCCCCUCCGCUACGGACUCGACUUUCUCCCACCGCAACGAUUGCCACCGGGUCAGGAGCGAGCGAGGCCCCAGUCUCGGGGGACCGGAAGCCAGCGGCAACAACUUCCGGCGGGCCGCGGCAGUAGGGCCGAGGACUACGGGGGCCGAGAGGUGGCGCGUGCGCGGCGGAAGAAGAUGUUACCGAGUACUUCAGUGAAUUCCUCAGUGCAGGGGAACGGAGUCUUGAAUUCCAGGGAUGCAGCAAGACACACAGCCGGAGCGAAACGCUACAAAUAUCUGAGAAGGCUUUUCCGCUUUCGGCAAAUGGACUUUGAAUUUGCUGCCUGGCAGAUGCUCUAUCUGUUCACAUCCCCACAGAGAGUUUACAGAAAUUUUCAUUAUCGAAAACAGACGAAGGACCAGUGGGCCAGAGAUGACCCUGCUUUCUUGGUCCUGUUAAGUAUCUGGCUCUGUGUGUCCACUAUAGGAUUUGGCUUUGUGCUGGACAUGGGAUUCUUUGAGACAAUAAAGCUUCUCCUUUGGGUUGUACUCAUAGAUUGUGUAGGCGUUGGUCUUCUGAUAGCAACUUUAAUGUGGUUCAUCUCUAACAAGUAUUUAGUGAAACGACAGAGCAGAGACUAUGAUGUGGAAUGGGGCUAUGCUUUUGAUGUGCAUCUCAAUGCUUUUUAUCCACUCCUGGUCAUUUUGCAUUUUAUCCAGCUUUUUUUCAUCAACCAUGUUAUCCUGACAGACACAUUUAUUGGAUAUUUAGUUGGAAAUACCUUAUGGUUGGUUGCAGUUGGCUAUUAUAUCUAUGUAACUUUCCUGGGAUACAGUGCAUUGCCAUUUUUGAAAAAUACAGUAAUUCUUCUGUAUCCAUUUGCACCUCUGAUUCUGCUCUACGGGCUGUCCCUGGCACUGGGAUGGAACUUCACCCAUGCUCUCUGUUCUUUCUAUAAGUACAGAGUGAAAUAAAAAGUGAGAAGAAGAUUCAAUCGUAACUGUGUCAACAGUAUUGUGAUCAUUUCUUGUAAAACUUGUAAAUAAACUGUAUCUUUGUAGAUAUCUUAAAGGUGUAAAGAAGUUUGCAAAUUUGAAGAAAUAUAUAUUAACACUGUGGUCAGGUACAUUCCUUAAAACUAAUUAAAUGUACAUUUCUAUAAUAAAUAUUUUUUAAACUAAA